GAGAAAUUAAAACGCAAGCAGGGUGCAUAACACCCUAAAUAGUUACACAAUAACAAAGAGCAGUUAUGAUGAUAAGUUUUGGAGUGGCAAAACGGGAUGUCUUUGUCCGGUUGCCGUGCUUCAAGCAGAAGCGCUGAGCGUGCACGGAGUCGCGCGUGGUGUUUGGUUUGGGUUACAGCGCAGCUGGAUGCCUCAGUGCUGUCGCGCGCUCAGUCGCACCAGCAGAUCGUGAGAGCUGGAGUUUAAUUCUGCUGUCUAGCGAUUUAUUUUCUGCCUGUUUGUUACAUUAUCUAUGAGUCUAAAUCCAAGAAACCAUUCCAUAUCUGUUAGUGACAGUUUUGGACCAGGUUACGGGAAUUUUGUUUGUUUGUUUUUGUUUUUAUGUUAUAGCCCACUCUGGAUGUAGCAUACACUGUGACCAACGAUGUUUCAAUGGACCUGAAUGAGGAAGGAUUAUUCUUUUCAUCGUCAAAACAAUAAAUUGCGUGUUUGAACGAACUUAUCAACGGACAAAAAGCGCAAUGAUCAUCGCCGUGAUUUACCUCGUUUUACCGCUGCUGGAUGUGCUGCUAUCUGCCGAGGAGUCUUACUUGACUAGCUCAAACCGACUGGACUGUGUGAAGGCGAACGAGCUGUGUUUGAAGGAGCCGGGAUGCAGCACAAAGUACCGAACUAUGAGGCAGUGCGUGGCGGGGAGGGAGAGCAACUUCAGUAUGGUGACUGGAGUGGAGGCGAAGGAUGAAUGCCGGCUUGCACUGGACGCUUUAAAGCAGAGUCCUUUGUAUAACUGCCGCUGUAAAAGAGGCAUGAAGAAAGAAAAGAACUGCCUGCGCGUCUACUGGGGGAUCUAUCACCAUCUACAGGGGAAUGAUUUACUUGAGGAUUCUCCAUAUGAACCUGUGAACAGCCGGCUUUCUGAUAUAUUUCGACUGGCUCCCAUCUAUUCAGGUAGGAUGUGCUUUUUUAAUCCACUCAAUUUGUUUUAA